UUCAAUUUUUAUCUUUUGUUUUUCCAAACUAUUGACACACGUUUUUUUUUUUUUGUACUUCCACAGGUGGAGUGUAAAAAAGCGCAACCGAAGGAAGUGAUGCUGCCGGCCAACCUGGCGAAAACGCGAGCUGCUGGCCGUGGGACUUACGGUGAGUUUAUUGUUAUGAAAAAAUCAGGCGUGGGCUUAUGUGCCGCCGGCGGUGGGUCGCGCGUGUGCCAUCACCACCAUCAUCAUCACCGUAUGGUGGGUGGUUCGCCGUCCGGCGCGCAUCACCACCAACACCACGGUGUCGUCGGUGGCGUGGCAAGCGCUGUGUUGGGGGCUGGUGGUGGUGGUGGCGUUGGCUUCGGCUUUGGCGGGGGAGGCGCAGGUGUCGGAGGCGGCGGUGGCUCGAUGAUCGCGGCCACGCCAGGUUCCGCAGCCGCGGCCAUCGGUUACCGUUUCGCACCGUACCCGCUGCCGCAACAAUCGGUAGCCGCCGCCGCGGUGGCCGCCAGCCAACAGCAGCAACAGCAGCAGCAGCAGCACCUCCUUAUCCACCAUAACCACCACCACCAACAGCAACAGCAGCAGCAGCAGCAGCAACAACAGCACCACCUUCAACAACAGCAACACCUUCACCACCACCUCCAGCACCAUCAGCCGGCGGCCGCGUCGCUCGUACAGCUACCCAUGAUUGGAGCGAUGCAGCAGGCGGCCGCAUGUAAACGUCUGCUGGCCGCUGCGGCUGCCGGCGUUCGGUUGCCCGUCUGCAACCCGCAGCCGCAACAGCCACCCCCGCAGACGGUCGCAUUUAAUUUCCCUGAAGGACUCGCGUUCGCUGUCCAAGGCGUGCCCGGUGCCGCCGAGAUUCCCGCCCUGUACCAGACCUCUACCAUACCGAUAACGUUUUAAAUAAAUGUGUCCCUUGCGCUGCCAAAUUGUAAUCGCAUAACCCUUUGACCUCUGCAAAAAUCUAUCCCCCCACCGUUUUAACGCUGUUACUCCAAACCACUAUUAGCCGAUGACAACCUCAAAUAAAAAUGUAUAUAUUACACAAGAAAAACUAGUUUUUGUUCUUCUCAAACAAACCGAGUAUUAUAUAAAUGUAUAUAUAAAAAAAAAAAAAAAAAAACAAAAAAAAAAAACAGAAGAAUAUUGUGUGCGAUGGUAUUAUUAUAAUUAUGUUUGCGCGUGUACCAAAUGUGUUAGUCCGGGAGAGCUUUGGGACUCGUGUAGCAAAAAAAUACAAACAUUUUUUCUUGCGGCCUAUGUUUUACCGGUACCAAAGUGGAUGUGCUAGAACCGUAAGUUAACUAUAUCUGAUGUGGCCUGCUCUUGGUAUUUGUUUAUAAGUAAUUGUUUUUUUUUUUUUUUGCUAUUGUCAAUAUUAACCUAAUUCCUGUAGCGUAGGUAUUUAUGUAAUAAUAUUGUCGUCGUAAAAAAUUGUUUUCGAAAAACGAUUACAUUUUAACAUGUAAUCAUGAUGACGGAACACUUAUGAGCUUAGAAUAGACAGAAAAAUUAUAUCGAUACAACAUUAGAAUAUUAUA